AUGCCGGUCCUUAAGCCACUCGCAGGCUCUAAAGAUGCUCCUCAACAACACAAACAAACCUCAAGGAAAGGGAAGAAGGCUUGGAGAAAGAAUGUCGAUGUCACAGAAGUUCAAGAAGGUUUGGGAGAAGUUAGAGAUGAAUUGAUCGCAGGUGGAGUUAUCGCCGAGAAAGAUUCUGCUGAUCUCUUUACAUUGGAUACUGCUGGAGAUGCCGCAAUUCCAAAGAAAUACUUGAAAGCCUCCAAACCACUCAAAGCAGAUGAAAUCAUUGCUCAACGCUCUGCUGUCCCAGCUGUGUCAAUGAAAAAGCGCCCAGGGCAGGGUACCACGGAUGGAAUUAUCGAAUCGAAGCGCCAAAGAACCGGUUACAUUUCGCACAAAGAACUUACAAGACUACGCAAGAUUGCUGAUGGGCACCACGAGAAGACGGUUGAAGCCACAGAAGCCUCAUUUGAUCCUUGGGAUGAGCAAAAGGACAUAGAGGAAGCAACACAAGAUCCAAGAUUCUCGUUUCUUGAGAAGGCCAAAAAGACAACAAUCCCCAGUUCGUGGAGGCAAAAGCCAGUUUCGUUGGCAGCUACUGGAAAAGAUAUUCCUGCAGUUAAGAAACCGGAGGGAGGUUACAGUUAUAAUCCAGUAUUCACAGAUUAUGAAGAAAGAUUAACGGCUGAGGGGGAGAAGGCUGUUGCAGCGGAGAAGAAACGGUUGGCUGCUAUCGAGUUAGAACAGAUAAAGCGAGAAGCAGCAAACAAGUCUGCGGCGGAGGCGGAAGCUGCUGAAGCUCGAGCAGAUAUGUCAGAAUGGGAGGAAGAUUCUGCAUGGGAAGGUUUUGAGAGUGGUGCAGAGGAUGUUCGCUUAAAUGCUAAGAGGCCGGAGAGAAAAACUCAAGUCCAACGAAAUAAGAUAAAGAGGAGAAAAGAAGAAGAAAGGAAAGCAAAAAUGGCUGCUCAUAACAAAAAGAAAGAAGAACAGGCUGCACAAGUGAAGAAAUUGGCCAAAGCACUCGAGGAAAAAGAAAAGGCUCGCUCUUUGAUGGUUGUGGAGGACGAUAGCAGUGAAGGGGAUGAUAUGGAACUCCGAAGGAGGAAGCUAGGAAAGAUUUCCCUACCGGAGAGAGAUCUUGAGCUUGUUCUACCAGACGAAUUGCAAGAAUCGUUAAGGUUAUUGAAACCGGAGGGGAACUUGCUGAAGGAUAGGUACAGAAAUAUGAUGGUCCGUGGGAAAGUCGAGAGUAGACGUCCCAUCAGUUUCGCCAAGAAAGCAAAGAGAAAGGCCACGGAAAAGUGGACCCACAAGGAUUUCAUGUUACACUGA